UUGUACACAUUGAUGGAACAUAAUUGAACUGUAUUUUAGUGCCAAAAGGUUAACUGAAUCUUUUCUGUAUAUUUGAUUCAUAUACCAUGUAUUGAGAUGAUUGAAAGACAAACACAUCCCAGGCCUACGCUUAUAAAUGCCACAAUGAGCUUUUAUUUUGAAGUGAAACCCACCUUUUCCUGUCUGUUGGCCGUCUAAUCACUUACAGAGGGCGUGUCUGCGGGUGUUGCAUCUGUGUGACGUCUCCGUGCUGUGACAAUGACAGAAAGCAGAGGUGAGACAGAAAAAAACGGACAGAAGACAGCAGAAAACCGUCAGAAGAUACAAUCACGGACAGCGCAGGAGGACUUUUACGCUGGAACGUCUUCCUACUCCAUCCGGUUCUUCACUUGUAUGACUAACUGCCUCAAGACAACAGUGACUCAACUAUGGAAAGUUCUGUUGUUGCUUCCCAUACAGGAGAGUCCCUUAAACCCAAACCAGCUUUAGCCCCAAAGCCUAUUCUGGCUCCUAAACCCUUCAGUUUACAAAGGAACUCAGUGGUUCGCCAUAUCCAAGGUCCUAAGUCCACCAAUGCUGGCUCUAAGGCAAAACCAGCUCAGAGUGUUAAACCGACUAUCCCGGGUGACACCAAACCUACUUUGACCCCCCCAGCUGAAGCACUGACCCCCAACUCAGCUUCUACAACAAGUACGGCAAGCAAAACUGGUGACACCAAACCUACUUUGACCCCCCCAGCUGAAGGACCGACCCCCAACUCAGCUUCUACAACAAGUACGGCAAGCAAAACUGGUGACACCAAACCUACUUUGAGCCCCCCAGCUGAAGCCCCAACCCCCAACUCAGCUUCUACAACAAUUACGGCAAGCAAAACUGGUGACAUCAAACCUACUUUGACCCCCCCACCUGAAGCACCGACCCCCAACUCAGCUUCUACAACAAGUACGGCAAGCAAAACGGGUGACACCAAACCUACUUUGACCCCCCCAGCUGAAGCACCAACCCCCAAUUCAGCUUCUACAACAAGUACGGCAAGCAAAACUGGUGACACCAAACCUACUUUGGCCCCCUUAGCUGAAGCACCGACUCCCAACUCAGCUUCUACAACAAGUACAGCAAGCAAACCUGGUGACACCAAACCUACUUUGACCCCCCCAGCUGAAGGACCGACCCCCAACUCAGCUUCUACAACAAGUACGGCAAGCAAACCUGGUGACACCAAACCUACUUUGACCCCCCCAGCUGAAGGACCGACCCCCAACUCAGCUUCUACAACAAAUACGGCAAGCAAAACGGGUGACACCAAACCUACUUUGACCCCCCCAGCUGAAGCACUUACCCCCAACUCAGCUUCUACAACAAGUACCGCAAGCAAAAUUACCAAAAUACCACCAAAAACAACAGAAGUUAAGGAAGCACUUCCACACAAAGAUGAGACUCCUGAUGUUUCAUCAAAAGUUACAACUCCUGCCUUGAAAGCCACUCCUGUGGAGGAGACACCCAAACCUGAGCCUGUUCAGAUGCCGGAUGUAAUCCAGAAAAACCAAAGAACCUCCACGGAUACCACAACAAACUCGGAGCAGAAAGAUGUCAAAAAAGAGGAGAACACAACUCAAGCUCCCGAUGCCCGAAAGACUGAAGACCAAACCAGCGACAGCUCCUCUGAGACCAGUCCAGCAUUCAGCAGGCGCAGCACUCCAAAGCGUCUGUCUGUCAAGCUCACCUCUAUGUUUGAGACAGGGGGUCCAGCUCCGCUCCCAAAGCCUACUGUAGCCCUCUCUACGAUCAAACCCAAAGGUGAGAUGCAGAAACCAGAACUUGCCCCUCCUAAAGAGAGCCCGGCAGCGCCAGCGCCAUCCAACGGAGAAGAUGGUGCCAACGAACAGAAGGAAGAUUACACCGGAGGGAACAGCAUCAAGCGCAGAAUCAGUCUUCUGUUUGAGUCGACCGUCAAGGAGGAAGUUGAGACUAAGAAGCAGGAGCCGGAAAUUAUAAAUGGCGUCCAGGCUGUAAAGGAUCGCAUUAAGAUUUGGGCUGUGGAAACAGGUUCAGAAAGUCCACAAGAUGAAAAGAAGCUUCAGAAUACACCCAGAACCUGCCCCAAAAGCACCGAGGUUGCAACUUCUCCAGCAGCAGAGAACAUAGUCCAAACUCCUACAGAGGUUCCAGAUGCAGAUGAGCCACCUGCUCCACCUUUGGAUCCACCGGUACCUGAAGGAAAAUCAACAAAGACCCAAGUAGAAACCCAAGUAGAUGCUCUUGUUGACAGGAAAUUGUCGGAAAUCUCUGCAGAAUUAGUAGAAGAGAAGAACAAGGUGACAGAAGAAGAGCUCCCGCCCUGUAUCAAUGGUCAGGCAGCAAUCAGUGAUGAAGAGAAAGAAAACUUAAGAAGAAAACCUGCUGAGGUUGCACAGAAGAAGAACAAACGGCGCUCUGUUCGCUUUGGUACCGUGGUGGCAGAUGAUGGUAGACCUCCAAUAAACCUGGGCUCAGAUCCAGAAUCCAGCACAGAUGAAGAAAGUAAAGAUCAAGAUGAAGAUAUGGAAUCUCCCUCAGCUUCAUUGCCUGUCCUAAUAAGCGUAAAACUGCUUCAGGAGGACAGGGAUGAGAUCCAAAGACAAAAUGAAGAAAAACAAAAGAAAAAGAAGGAGGAGGAAGAACAGGCGAGACUAAAGUUAGAGGAAGAACAAAAAAGAAAAGAGAAGGAGAAAGAAAAGGCAAGACAGGAGAAAGAGCUUAAGCUUAGGGAGGAGGAAGCAGAAAGACAAAGGUUGCAGGAACUAGAAAGGAAACGAUUAGAAGAAGAAAAAGAAAGGCAAAGGUUGAAAGAAGAGAGGAUUGAGAAGGAAAGACAAGAGGAGCGUUUACGGCAGAUGCAGAAAGAGAACAGAGAAAGAGAAGAGGAAAAGGAGAGAAAUCUGGAGAAGGAGAAGACAGGAUCCACAUUGAAAGAGCCAGGAGCACAGCAGCCACAGGAGGAAGAAAUUAGUAAGGGUGAAGAGGAAGAAAAAGAGGGAAAGGCUAAUGAGUUUAAGGCAAGGGAGGUGGUGAUGAUGAUGAAGCAGAGGCUGGAGGAAGAGGACAGAAAGACGAAAAGGGAGAUGGAGGAAAGACAAGAAAAAGAAAGGUUGAGAAAAGAAGUGGAGGAAAGAGAGAGGCAAAGAAUAAUGGAAGAGGAGGAGGAGAAGUUGAGGAAAAGUAAAGAGGAGGAGGAAAGAGAGAGAAGGGAGCUGGAGAGAAAAAGAGAACAGGAGAAAAUAAAAGAGAUGGAAAAAUUAAAGCUAAUAAAGAAACAGGAGGAGGAGAGAAGGGAAGAGCAAAGGAGGAAACAGAUGGACGAAGAAAGAGAGAAGAAACUAAAGAAAAAAAUGCAAGAGGAAUUGGAAAAACAGCAAGCAGCAGAGCUGAAAGAAAAAAUGCAGGAAGAAGAGAGACAAAGAAAAGAACUUGAGCUGGUCAAGCAGGAAGAGGAAAACAUGCCAGGAAAAGAAAAUCUUAUUGGCUUUGAGGUGGAGGAUCUGCCCCAAGUGUCCAUGUCCCUGUGUUCCCCUUCGUCAAAAAUCUCUGAGCCCACAGAAAAGCUUAUCGAUAUUGAUUAUGAUGAUUUCUCUGUUCAAAAUCCAGAGAUUUACGUGGAAUUUGACGAUUUUUCUGUCAAACCAAAAAAACAGGGCUCAUAUGCUAGAGCAGAACCCGCUCCAUCUAAACAGAGCUGGUCAGAUGACCUCGAAGAGAUGCUAAACUCUUUUGAAUUUACACAUCGGGAGGAAGGUGGAAAAGUGGAAAAAGAGGAAGUGGUGAGCCCAGUCCAGGAGCAGACAGGGAAGAAAAAGGUGGAGUUGUUGGUGGAUAUAAAUCAGGAGAAGGAAGACGAGAGAGGGGAAGGUAGUGGAGAGGAAGACCCUCCUGCAAAUGUAAAUCUGGAAGUAGAUGAAGAGGAGACACCUGAGGAGGAGGAGGAGGAGGUGGAGCCCACACCUGAAAAAGAGAUGGAGACUGGAGAGAAUGAAGCUGAGGAAGAGGAAGAUAAAGAGGCACAACUCAACAGCACAGAGAAUGAAGACCAAGACAGUGAUGCCUCAACAGAUCAAACACACCAGCAGAAUGGGAUUUGUGAACGCACAUUAGAAAUUAGAAGAAAUAACCUUGACAUCAGCUUAAAGCCUGCAUCUGAUCAAAUCCCUGAUGCCUUCUCUGAAGCCUACGAAGAACCAGACUUACCGCUGUUACCUGAGAGCUCCACUCCACUCCUCGACACCAGCGCUCAGAAAUCAAAGGCACAACUGGGCAGGAAAAGAAACAGGGCACGCCCAACACGCUCGCUUCGAGCAAAACCCGAUCAGGCCCCCAAACUGGAAUUAAGGGUCACUGACCACUCAGAUGCAACAGAGACAUCCAAUGAACAAAGACAGUCAGAUUCAGAGGAGGAGAAGCCCAGACCAAAUAUCUGUCCUUCACCGUCUUCACAGAGAGUCUCUCCAAUUCCUGGUCUGAGGCCUGCAGAUCUAAUUGCUCAGAUAAAAAAGAGAGGCAUAGAAAAAACUGAUGUGGAAGACGAAGCAGUGGAGAAGAGGCCAAAAGAGGAGAAAAUAGUGGAAGCGGCACCAGCUCCUCCCCCAAAGUCUCCUCGGCCACGUGCUCCUCCCGCAGGAGCUGCUCUAGUGCUGCCACCUUUAGGCAGCAGUGAUGGAGGAGCAAAACAGUCGCCUGCAUGGUUACAAGAGCUGAAGUCUAAGAAGCGGAUGAGUCAGCAGGAUUGAUGAUGGAAUCACUGCGGAGUUGCCCUCUGUCUUCUUCAGCUGCUGACACUUACAUCAGCAACGGCUCCAUUCAUCACUUGAGUGCCUAAUUUUGGGUCUUUCCUAUAGACUCCCUUCAGUGGAUUUUAGCCUGAUGCUGAGCACAGACAAUCUGGAACACUUCUUGAAAUGAAAUGUGAUUUUUUGUUGUUGUUGUUGUAGUGGCCCCUUGAUGGGUUAACACCAAGUGAACGUUUUCUAAAGGUUUGUGUAAAUCAGAUGAAAGUCAAGUUAUUUUACAUCUCUAAAUCAUGAAAUGGAACCAUUACAGGAACCAUAACCACCUGCUCUUGUUCUCAUCCUGAACAAGCUCUUGGACGCUGUAAAGAUCAGUCGAAACUCUUCCAGACACGUCUACACCAUCUGGAGUCAGCAACUGAAAACUUAUUUGCACAUAGCUGCAAACUGUUGUUUACUUACUCUUUUCAUGAAAUAUCUGGCCAGAAAUUGUCUUAAGUCAAUCUUAAAGCACUUUAACCAACUUCCAUCCACACAGGACAACAGAGAGAAAGAUAGAAUAGAGACAAACUGUUGCUUAACCCUGGGAGUUUUUAUUUAAUUUAGUUCCACUUUUUUUAAAGUCAAAGAAGUACUUUGUUAUUUUGUUGACUUAUCAAGUAGUUUUUAAAGCGUUAUGGGUUGUUUUAGGGGCAAUGACAGACCUUAAGAAGCCAUGUUUUUUAAGCCUAGAGGAGUGCCUUUUUGCUUUUCUGUACCUUUUUUAAAUUCUCGGGAAUAAAAAACAUUCAUGUAAUGAUCUUCUUUCUGGAUGGAUUGGAAAUUGAGGGAAUUUUAAUAAAAAAAUGUAUGAAAUGAGA